UAACAGAGCCGGAGUAGCAGAGUUAAACUGACAGAGAUAAUGCAGCAGUGAAAUGAACACAGUUAAAGGAACAGAGGUUGGAGAGUUGAGGUCACAGAGUGAAUGAAGAUGUUGUAGGAUUUUAUAAAGGAGGAGAGUGUGUCCGAUUUUAUCAAGAGGGGACAGUCUCUGUAGGAAGGGGGUACUUUUGCAGUCACACUGACUCAGAGGAGUGUGUGCGCUGAAGGUUUCGUGCUCAGCGCUGAGCUGUCCCGUCAUGUGUGCGCGGGAGCCCUGAGGGUGAGACGGAUCGGAUCAAUCUUGCUCAGUGCCUAGUCUGAGCUGAAAUUCCCGCGUAGCGGCUGGCUUCCCCCCUUGCUCUGGGAGAGGAUGUGGAUCGGAGCUGGGGAUUUUUCUCUGGUUAGAGUUGUGGCAUUUCCAGGCUGAAUGGGGAUUUCCCCUGUGCGCACACUGUGUCACAUCCCCUCCCCACGCUCAGAUCACACCGGGGCCGGCAGCAACAGGGUUCUGAGGAUUACCCGCUCCCUGGGCCAGGUCUGAUCCACGUUCAGCUCAGACCGUCAGUGGGUAUUGGGUGGGUGAAACUGGGAAAUUCCAGACCUGCUCAGCAAUGAACUUACUGUUUCUGAAACACGCGGACACCAUCCUGAGGGAACCGAGGGUUUCAUUGUGCUUGGAGGAACCUGAUGAAGAUCAGGAGGACUGGUGCUACGGUAGCAAGGCUGACCAGGGAUUCGAGCACAAGUACUACUGUGGGGCAUGCGAGCGACUGAUGAGGGACCCCGUACAAACAGAGUGUGGCCACCGCUUCUGCCAGGAAUGUCACCGUGCCCUCUUGAAAGAAUCCGUAAUCUGCCCGACCUGCUUACGAGAUAAUGGAAUAGUUGAGAAUGGUCCGUGUGCCACGCUAGAGAAGUGUUUCAAGGACAGAGCCAUCGCGAAGGAGAUUCUCAAUCUUCAGGUGUACUGUCAAAACGAGGGCUGUGUGUGGACUGGGGCCCUCAGGGAGCUGGAGGGGAAACACCGAUUGAGCUGUGAGCACAGGCUUCGAAAGUGCCCGUUCAGUGUGCUCGGAUGCACUGAGAUGGUUUCUGGGCCCGGCCUGCAGCAACACAAGCUCAGCUGCAUCCAGCAACACCUGGACCAUGUGCUACAGGCCCUGCGGCAGGGCCUGGCGAAACCGGAGCACAGCCUCACUGCAGUGCAGGGGGACCCGGGCGGCGACAGGCUGCCAGGGGACAGGGAGGAGGUGCAGCAUGAGCUGAGGCUGAGGGUGCAGACGUUUGAAAACAUUGUCACCGUCCUGAACCGUGAGGUGGCCGACACAUCCAACACCCUGAUGGCUCAGGAGAGGAAGCUGAAGGAGCAGGAGAUGAUGACUGCACAGCUCAGGAGCAAGAUACAGCAGCAUGAGAAAUCAAUUUGCCUGAAGGACCUGGUGAUCGCUGAUCUCCAGCUGCGCCUCGAUGCCCUGGAGCACACGUCCUACGAUGGCACCUUAGUCUGGCCCAUCUCCGACUUCACUCGCAAGUUACAGGAUGCCAUUGAUGGAACAACUCCGUCCAUCUUCUCCCCACCGUUCUUCACCUCUCAUUCUGGAUACAUGCUCUGUCUGCGGCUCUACCUCAAUGGGGACGGUGUUGGAGCAAAAACUCACCUCUCGCUCUUCCUGGUCAUAAUGAAGGGAAGGUACGACGCCAUUUUGGAAUGGCCCUUCAGCAGGAAGGUCACCUUCCGACUGCUGGAUCAGAGCGCCAGGCGUCAGCACACAGUGACCGCCUUCAGGCCAGACGUUGGCUCUGCCUCCUUCCAUCGGCCCGUUCAGGCCAUGAACGUCGCCAGUGGCUGCCCCGAGUUCCUGCCCCUUACCCAGCUCCACGCCAACUGGCACAGUUACGUCACCGACGAUGUCAUGUUCAUAAAGGCCAGUGUGGACACUUAGGGGCACA